AUGCCGCGCAUGGAUAUCCAUAACGUACGACGUCGUAUUAACGACGCAACCAAGAAAGGUCGCGAACCAUCUCAACGGGACAAAGACGCGCUCAACGAGUGGCGGCGUGAGAAUGGUCUUCAGGUUGAAUCUCGAACUGAACCAACGGGCGAACAAGUCCAGGUUACACCGACGAAGGUUAAGGUUCCUGAGAUGAACCUCAACGUCUCGGACGACGAAAAGGACUCAAAAUUCGUCGUCGAGAACUAUGGAAUCCCUGUUGGCGUGACCAACACGAAGCCCCGGCGCGUGGUGGUGGUUGAGAUCAAUCCAUACCAUAAACGAAUGGACAUCAAAGCCCUCCCAGUCACCCGCUAUGGCCACCUCAUCGUCCCAAAUGAAAUAAGAAAUGUUUCCUACGAUGACGUUACGUUCGAUCAAAAUCUCGGCAUUACUUGUCCUAGAGACCUCGUCGCCGUGGCACUUACUCGGAAGGAUACCUUCUGGGCUGAUGCUCAGGAUUACUACGACACUAGCGACGACUAUAGUUUCAAAAUUGCACAGGCGAGCGUUCGUUCCAAAAAGCUGUAUAGGGACCCCCUACGGGCAAACGUCCAGGGAUUGUCCAGACAGCAAACUAUCCAACGUACGGUGAAUUUCGCGGACGCAAUGGUGGACGUAACCGACGACCUCCAGGAGAAACUGGCUGCUUUUGCGAAGGGGGAAAUCUCCGACCUCCAACUGCGCUCGGCAGCGGUAGCUGUGGUCGACAAGAUCACAGUCAUCCAUGCCCGUGCCAAGCGUGGGGAUUAUGACGACAGACCUGUGAACGCCACUUUUGAGAACUAUCUUUCAGAGGGGCUGACGUACGAACAACGUCCCGACGAGGAGAUUGAGGAUACCGAGGUAGAAGACGACGACUUCAACGUCUCUACGGAUGAAGAAUCGUCCUCGGUUGAAUCGAUCGAUCAAUGA